AUGUUCAACCUUCGCCGCCUUUUCGCGUCGGCCCUGUUCUUGGGACUUGGCCUCCUCUUCCUCGCCCAGACGGCUGAGGCUGCCAAGGGCCCCAAGAUCACCCACAAGGUCUACUUCGACAUUCAGCAGGGCGAGGAGAGCCUCGGCCGUGUCGUCAUGGGCCUCUACGGCAAGACUGUCCCUGAGACCACUGAGAACUUCCGCGCUCUGGCCACUGGCGAGAAAGGCUUCGGUUACGAGGGCUCUGCUUUCCACCGUGUCAUCAAGAACUUCAUGAUCCAGGGCGGUGACUUCACCAAGGGUGACGGUACUGGUGGCAAGUCCAUCUACGGUGACCGCUUCAAGGAUGAGAACUUCAAACUCAAGCACACCAAGAAGGGUCUUCUCUCCAUGGCCAACGCUGGUCGCGACACCAACGGCUCCCAGUUCUUCAUCACCACCGUCAUCACCUCGUGGCUCGAUGGCAAACACGUCGUCUUCGGUGAAGUCCUCGAGGGCUACGAAAUCAUUGAGAAGAUCGAGAACACCAAGACUGGCCAGGCUGACCGACCCACCGUGGCUAUCAAGAUCGCCAAGAGCGGCGAGCUCGAGGUCCCCCCUGAAGAAAUUUACGGCGACUCUGAACUCGUCGCAGAGGAGGCACCAGCUGGAUGGUCUCCCCUGCAGAAGGCUGGCCUCUUCGCCGUUGGUGCUGGUAUCGUCUUUGUUGGACUUCGCCAAGCCAAACGUCGCUCUCUUUAA